AUGGCAGGCAAGAGGACAUAUGAAAAAGAUCCAAUCUACAAGAUCAAGGGUUUGGCUAAGAACAUGCUGGAUGGCGUUUUUGAUGACUUGGUGGAGAAGAAUGUAUUAAAUGGAGACGAGUUACUAAAAAUAGGGCAAGGUGCCAGCUUCCUUCUGAACAACGCUGAGAACCUGGUUGAGAAUAUCUUUGAGAAAACAGAAAUGGCAAGCAAAAUAUUUGCAGGUCACAUUGUCAAUUCCAAGAAACAGCUGAGUUUAAAAUUUCAUUCUGAUGAUGAGGUUGAUGAAUCUAAGAAAAUAUCUGCAUCAUCUUCUCAAUCAGGCUCUGAAAAUGGAAUUAAAGACAGCAAAGGUGAAGAACAAACUUUAUCAGAGCAGGCGUCCAGUUUCUGUUUGAUUGAAGAAAUAAAAGAAAAAGAAGAUGAAGAAAUGGAGGAAGAUGCUGGAGUGGCCCAUGCAUCACAUCCAAUACUGACAGCUCCUCCUGAAAUCCAGAGCAUGGAAGCCCAAGACACGCUGAAGCUUUGUCCUCGUGAUCAGUUCUAUAAAAUGAAGACAGAAAAGGCUAAAGAGAUAUAUCCAGUGAUGGAGAAGGAAGGCCGAACACGUUUGGCUCUCAUCAUCUGCAACAAAAAGUUUGACUACCUUUUUGAUAGAGAUAAUGCUGAGAUUGAUAUUUUGAACAUGCAAGGGCUACUUCAAAACCUUGGAUACUCAGUGGUGAUAAAGGAAAACCUUAUAGCUAAGGAAAUGGAGACAGAAUUAAAGCAGUUUGCUGGCCGUCCAGAACACCAGUCAUCUGACAGCACAUUCCUGGUGUUUAUGUCCCAUGGCAUCCUGGAAGGAAUCUGUGGGGUGAAGCAUAGGAACACAGAGCCAGACGUUCUUCAUGAUGACACCAUCUUCACAAUUUUCAACAAUUCCAACUGCUGCAGCCUGAGAAAUAAACCCAAGAUCCUCAUCAUGCAGGCCUGCAGGGGCAGACAUAAUGGAAUUGUUUGGGUAUCCACAAGCAAAGGGAUAGCCACUGCUGAUACAGAUCAGGAGCAUGUGGUGAGCUCCAAAUGGAAGAACAGAGUGACAAAGGCCCACGUGGAAAUGGAUUUCAUUGCUUUCAAAUCUUCUACCCCACAUAAUAUUUCUUGGAAGGUAAGCAUGAGUGGCUCUCUCUUCAUUUCUAAACUCAUCGACUGCUUCAAGAAGUAUUGUUGGUGUUAUCAUUUGGAGGAAAUUUUUCGAAAGGUUCAACAUUCAUUUGAGGAUCCUGGUGAACUCACCCAGAUGCCCACUAUUGAGAGAGUAUCCAUGACACGAUAUUUCUACCUCUUCCCUGGGAAUUAACACAGGUGACACAUAUA